AUGGAUGAUCCUUGUUACGUGCCGCAAGAAAGCGCUCACGUGGGCACUUCAGCCCCUUGGCACGGUACUGCUUUACAGGCAGCCUCGUCUUCAGGCCAUGUUGAGAUAGUGCAAAUGCUCCUUGAGGAGGGGGUUGAUGUCAAUGCACCAGGCACAUUUCGGUUUCUGCCUGGUACUGCAUUGGAAGCGGCAAUCGGGGCCCGCAACGAAGAGGUAGCGCGGCUUCUCAUUGAAAAAGGAGCAGGUGUCAAAAGGGUGGACCGUGCAGGCGAGGACCCACUUGAACUUGCAUCUUAUCAAGGGCUCCGCAGAGUAGUGGAGCUAAUACUUGACAAGGAUGUCGUUGUUAAAGUCCAGGGUGAGAGAUAUAGCCGAGCACUGACGCCGGCUUUGAGAGGCGGCCAACAAGAAAUUGUCCAGAUACUGCUCGACAAGGGUACCAUCAUCAACGCUCAAGCGAUGAAAGCCGCAGGACAUGGAGAAGGAGCAAACGUUCUGCAGAUGCUACUUGAGCAUGGAGGUGACCCAAGCGUGCCGGAUAGACAGGGGCGAACUUGCCUUCAUCACGAAGCCACUGGAAAGAAGGGCAAUUCAAGUGCAGUCCCCUGGCUUCUGAAAGAAGGUCAUGAUCCAAAUCUUCCAGAUCGAGAUGGUUGGACACCUCUGCAUUGGGCCGCCAAAACCGGAAAUGCGGAGACAAUUGAGAUUUUGGAAUACGCCGGUGCUGAAUUCAGUAUUGAAUUCAUUAUGGGCUGGACACCCGAUGAUGUGGCUGUGUUCCAUCACCACAAGAUAUCUUGGAAGACCAAGACUGCUUUGGGUUGCGGUGUCCAAACAUCAGAACCCACACUAGAAGAAGACACAAGUACCGCAAGCCUCAAAGCAGAGGCAAGAGAUCCGUAG